CUGGACCAAAGCAAAUGAUUCAGUAUUAGCCAGGCAGUGGGACAAGGCAGAGCGCUGUCCUGAUGCUCUACGUGUCCCGCCAGCUGUCACCAAUAUUGCUGACUCCCUACGUCCACAAAGUCUCUCUUUAUCAUUAUAUCUACAACUUGCUGACAGCCACAGCGCCCUCGCUAGAGGUAUAUUCGACAAUGAAACCUGUUUUUGCUCUCUGCUUGGUGGCGAGUCUGGUGAGAGGUGAGGUGAGAAGUGUGAGAGGAGGUGCGGACACGGUGGACGCACAGAACAUUGAGAUUAAUAAGGAGAAGUUAGUGUUGGGUGAGAGAGGCAGUCCUGAGGUGCAGGAGGAGUGGCCGCCGGGGGAGAGGGCCAGCAUCACCACCCAGCCCAACAUUGUCCUCCUCCUAGCUGACGACCUGGGUUAUGGUGACCUCAGCAUCUCUGGUCAUCCUACCUCCAGGACGCCCCGUCUGGACGAACUGGCUGAGGGCGGCAGGUUCUUCACACAGUUCUACGUCACCAGCCCCGUCUGCAGCCCCUCCAGAGCAUCACUCCUGACGGGGCGGCUGCAGGUGCGGAGCGGGGUGUACCCAGGUACCUUCACACCAGACAGCAGCCUCGGCCUCCCACACAACGAGACCACCAUCGCCGCCCUCCUCAAGGAUAAGGGUUACCGCACCCUGAUAGUGGGCAAAUGGCACCUGGGGGUUGGCACCACUGAAGAGUACCUCCCCACCCACUAUGGGUUCGACCAGUACCUGGGAGUGCCUUACUCCCACGACAUGUGCCCCUGUAAGGUGUGCUUCCCAGGCGGCCAGCCCUGCCUGGAACAGUGCUGGAACCAGGAUGUGUCCUGUCCGCUCUUCAGCAACACGACGGUCGUGGAGCAGCCGGUGGACUUGACGAGCCUCACAGGGCGUCUGGUGGAGCGAGCACGAGACUUCAUCCAGGACGCGGCCGCCGCUGGCAGCCCAUUCUUCCUCUACUUCCCCUUCCACCAUGUACACCAUCCGCAAUUCGCCUCGACGGAUCACUACGGGAGGAGUGAACGAGGAGCCUUCGGCGACUCCCUGGAGGAGCUGGACUGGGCUGUAGGUCAGGUCGUCGACCAGCUCAACAACCUCAACCUUAUCAACUCGACCCUAAUAUGGUUCACCUCAGACAACGGACCGAGCCUGAGGCGGAAAGAGCGCGGAGGAUGCGCAGGACCGCUGCGCUGUGGCAAGGGGACCACGUGGGAGGGAGGAGUCAGGGUGCCAGCCAUCGUCCAUUGGCCCCCGCACAUCACCCCAGGUCGGUGUAUGGGACUGGCGUCGACCCUUGACGUGCUGCCCACCCUGGCUACCCUGGUCGACCUCGACACCUCUGACCUCACUCUCGACGGCGUCGACAUCUCUCCCCUCCUCAGGGACCCACUGGCUCAGAGUCCCCGGAAGAUGUACCCAGUGUACCCACAGGCGCCUACGCAGUCUCUUGGGCCUUUCGCUGUUACAAAUGGCACCUACAAGGCCCACUUCUACACCUUGGGGUCAGCCCUGUCAGACGGGGGCAACUACGACCCCAUGUGUCCGGCCAGCCACCCCCUCACUCCCCACAACCCUCCACUCCUCUACAACCUCCAGCACGACCCUGGCGAGCGCUACGACCUCAGCAACGACACCAAGUACCUCGAGGUGUUGAAUAUGCUGACACAGUGGCGAGAGGAGCACAUGGCAACCGUGGCAUGGAUGGAGGCGCGAACCACAGUCGUCGACCCGAUGGCGGAGCCCUGCUGUACCCUUCCGUCCUGUAGUCCCUUCCCCGGGUGCUGCGACUGUCCUGCCCCGUCUCGUCCUCUCCCGUCUCGUCCCGUCAACCACAUCAAGGGCUACCUCCUCCAAGGCCCACAACCACCAACAUUCUGGCAGUGGCUGUAGAUUAUUACACACUCUAGCACUAUGCUGCGUCAUCUGAGUCAGUCUUCAGUCUUGUUAUGCUAGGGGCUGUAAUAUGAGUAUUUGAACACUAUAGCAACAUAAUUGUGUAUAAUAAAAAUGACAGCAAACCCUAAACAUUCUUA